CGUUUCACAGGGACCUCUAUUCCGAUGACACAAAGUUCCGUUUCUAGCAAUUUCGACAGCCAAGUAAAAUCUCUAUCCUAGGGAGGACUAGACCAUUCUAGAACCGUGUCACUGACGGAAAGCAAGCCGGCUUCAGAGAUAGCGUCGUUUAUCCUGAUCGGCUCUCAUUAGUGUGGUUUCAAAACACUGUAGCUGUGACCAUGGCGAAGUGGGGAGAAGGAGACCCGCGGUGGAUUGUAGAGGAGAGGGCAGAUGCAACGAACGUUAACAACUGGCACUGGACGGAACGUGACGCAACAAACUGGUCAUCAGACAAGCUUAAAGAGUUGCUCGUUGGGCUGAGAGUGGAAAACGAAGAGGGCAGCUGUGAGGUCACCGAAGUCAGCAAGGUGGAAGGAGAGGCUUCUAUCAACAAUCGCAAGGGGAAGCUGAUCUACUUCUAUGAGUGGAACUUAACAGCUGAAUGGAAAGGAAAGUCAAAAACAGGUGUUAAAUACAAAGGCAAUAUUGAAAUUCCAAACCUAUCUGAUGAAAAUGAUAUGGAAGACCUGGAUAUAAGGGUGACAUUAAGCAAAGAUGAGCCUGACACACCGCUGAUGGCUUUGAUGAAGAAGGAGGGGGCCAACAAAGUCCGAUCUGCCCUGGGAAGCUACGUGGGCUACCUCAAAACGGAGUUCACUCAGGGAAUGAUCCUGCCUACAGCGAACGGUGUGUCCAAGCAACAACCUCCACAGUCCAAAGCCAAGUCCGAUAGAACUCAGAUUGGUUCCAGUAGCGCAGUCCCCCAAGCCAACACAGGGGUGAAGAUCCCCACCUGCAAGUUCAGUCUGACGGAAACCUUCCUCACCUCACCGGAGGAGCUUUACAGGGUCUUCCUCAACCAGGAGAUGGUCCAGGCCUUCACCCAUGCCCCCGCCGUGGUCGAGCCUGAGAGGGGGGGCAGAUUCCGUCUGCUGGACGGGAACGUUUUGGGGGAGUUCCAGGAGCUGGUUCCUGAUCAGAAGAUUGUCAUGAAGUGGAGAUACAACACAUGGCCCUGUGAACAUUAUGCCACCGUGUCUCUGAGCCUGACGGACAAAGGCAAUGAGACUGAGCUGAAGCUGGAAUGUCGUGGCGUCCCUGAGAGUGAGGAGGACCGGACCAAACAAGGGUGGCAGAGAUACUACUUCGAGGGCAUCAAACAGACUUUUGGUUUUGGAGCUCGACUGUACUAAAGAGGCUGUAUUAUAUUUUAUCUUUAGGUUCUCACGUACAAUAUGUCUAACUCAAAACAAGGAGGAAUAUGGUUUGACAGGAGUUUCUGUUGCCUGCUUGUAACAAUUUGUCUUCAUUUCCAGCCAUUUCUGAGCUCUCUGGUGAUUUGACUGUGCCUUUGAGGACGGAACAUGACCAGUUUGGAAAUAAAGAUUGAGUCCUUUGAAUCACUGAUACCAGCUGGCCUCUGACCACUCAAAUCAGCUGGGGUGUAUUCAUUGUGCCCAAACAAGUGUUCGUUGUGAAGUGUUUUGUAAAAUGGAGAGGGACCUAUCUGAAUUUGUCAGACAAAACACUUUUGUUUGGUGGAAUGAGUACACCCUUCUGUCUGACCACUGAAACCAUUUGGUUUACGGUCCAAUAUGUAUUUAAAGACAACAGAUUUCAAAAUGUUGGAUAUUGUUUUUUUUGUUCCAAUGCAAUAUGAAAUUGUUAUUUCUAAAAUGUGUUUACUGAAAUGAUUUUAUUAUUUUAAUCAUUUUCAGUAAGUAUGCAUGUCCCUAUUCAUUACUCUGUAUGUUAAAGGUGAUCUUUGGAUGAAAGUGCUUGUGGGCUCGUUCAUCAUUGCUAAUAAUUUCUUAGCUAAUGUGAAAAACUGUACUGUAUUUUCGUCAAUAGUGUAAUUUGCAUUUUGUUUUCAUCUGCACAUUAAAACACUGUCCUAUCAAGAGUGAUACAGAGUAACGAGCUGUUAGGGGAAACUUAAGCGAACAACAGAGCUGUCUAUUGUAAAUAUAAUUGAUUUCUUAUUCAUGUGUAGGUUAGUACUAGAUUGCUCAAGGCCUCAGUAAAGGUAUGUUCCGGUCUGCUUCAAAACGUCAAGCUUGAAGAGGUCAACUUUUUCCCCCCAUCUAUUUAUUUAGUUUCAUAAUUUCCCACAUUUCUGUAAAAAUGAAUUUAUUGUAAUAAACGGAACAAAGCAUCCCCUGCUGAAAA